UGUUGCGGAAAUCCAAGCGGGUGUGUGUAAAAUUAUAAAAAAUAUGAAAUAGGAGAUGUUAAUAUCUGUGCAGUGGCAAGAGUGAGGGAAGGGCGAGGGGAGAAUCUAGAAAUGCUCAUUUCUUUUGAUUUCCUUAAAAAUCUAAAAAUGAAUUGAAUAAAAAAAAUAAUGGGGGAGAAGUGAAGAAAAAGCAGAGAAUAAAAAGAGACCGGAUGUUGACAAAUUUCAUGUCACUGUUCGUAGAAGAGACUGGCCCAGCGGAUCGAAAUCUCCAUCUUUUCUUCAACCCGAUGACGAUCUAAGCUCCUUCAAUGGUGUUGCCUAGGCACCCACUUGGGUUAUUUCUUGUGUUAUUAUUAUUCUUGUUGUUCUUUUCUUUGCUUCUUCUGUCUUGCUAGUGGGAGUCUGCGACCUGAAUUUCCAUGAUGCGACUUGGGUCUCUGCCUGUUUUUCGUGUGUGGGAGGUUCUGUGAAAUGAUUAAAUCCAUGGGGGUCUGAGGAAUGGGAACAAAAGUGCAGUGUAAAAGCUACCUGCCAGGAUAUUACUCCAUGAGGGAUCUUAAUGAGGAUUGUAAUAGUGGUAGCUGGCCCCUAUAUUAUGGAGAGAAAACCUUGGCAAAUGGGCAGUAUUGCAAUGGUUUUUUGCCAAGAACUGUUGCAGAUGCAUAUACUGGGUACAAUAAGGAUGUAGUAAAGCAAACAAUGCUUAAGCAUGAGGCCAUAUUUAAGAGUCAGGUCUCUGAACUCCACCAACUUUAUGGAAUACAAAAGGACUUGAUGGAUGAAAUUAGAAGAAAGGGACAACAUAAACAGCGGAUACAGGUGGAUCCCUCACUAUCAUCAAGCCCCAUGGCUUCUCAAGCACCAUCUGAGGAUUAUCGGAAAUGGCAUUUUCCAAACUUUCCUUUGGGAAACUCUGUUUGUGCUAGAUCAUCUGUUUCAAGUGCUGAAAACAUUCCUUCUCCUUUGAGUUUUGUGAAAGGAAAAAAUGUGCAAAAUGACCAAAUUCCAUCCCAAAGUGGAGGUUGUUCAAAAGAUAGCGAGUUGAUGGAGUCCAGGCCAUCCAAGGUUAGGAGAAAAAUGUUUGAUCUUCAACUUCCAGCGGAUGAAUAUAUUGAUACUGAAGAAGAGCAACAAUUAGCUGAUGAAAAGGCUCCUGAAUUGUUGAGUUAUCCUCCUGGAAAUUGCAAGAUUGUUUCUGAGAGUGGGGUGAAGUUGUUUCUUGCUGGGAAUGGGAAAACUGAUUGCCAAGGAAAUGCUUUGAGAUCUACUCCAUGUUUAGGGCAUGUUAAUAACUUGGCUGACUUGAAUGAACCCAUUCAAGUGGAAGAGGCAAGUGCUUCAGCAUCUGUUGAUUUUCGAAGCCAUGCAGCCUGCCAUGCUGAGGUUCAAAACCAUGAAAUUUGUGCAAAACCAAAAUCCCAUUUUCUGGGUCUGCCCAAGGAAAGUUUACCAAAGUCCCAUUAUGAAAGCAAUAACGGGACUCUAAGCAAUCUCCAGUUAGAGAGCAAAGUAAAUAGUAAUGAGUGGUUUUCUUGUAUGCUUGAAGCAGGGUACAAGAAAGGCAACCAGAAAUUAAUUUCUCAAGGUUAUCCAGAAGAAAAGUUGAAUCUACUUUCCCAGCCAAAAGUUAAGUCUAACAAAUCUCAUGAACCUUCAACACUUCUUCCGGCAGAUCCAAGCAAGGGAGAUCUGUGGAGAGAGAUGGCAGUUUUUGGUUUAGAAAUCUCUGAAAGAAGAGAUCACUCCAAUUAUAAUCAUGCAGCACCUGCUGUUGCUUCCCAUAUGCAUGGUUCUUUGGCAUUUAUUUCCUCCUCUGAUCUGGGCAAGUCUUUGUCUGAGUCAGUUUUGUCUCGGGAAAAGCCCAGUGGCAGUCUGAGCUCACGUUUAAACACAGCUGCCACCUCGAGUAAGAGUUCUCAGUUGUCAUAUCAUUGUCAUGAAAUUCUUGGAGAUAAGUGGAAUCUUAACAACAAUUCUAGAUCAGACCCAGCAUAUGGGGGCGAACUACCUGACCAGAAUGGAUUUUAUCAUGGAUCCUCAUCAGGGUCCAAGGGGCAGCCACUAUUCUUCCCAUCUGUUGGCUUUGAUAAUAUGAAGUACAGUAAUUAUAAUAAUAUAGCUUCUGAACACCACAUUAGUCAUGGUUCUGCUAAGUACUUCAAUGGUUCAAAUUGCAUGGAUUUGAAGUCUGAAAAGGAUAUGAAUUUGAAUGUGGUGCUCUCAAGCAGUUCCUCUAAUGCAGCUGUUCCCCAGCAAGGUCUAGAGGUUAUAGAUGGGAAAAGGAAGCAUGAAAACAAUCUGACAGCAUUGCCCUGGCUCAGAGUCAAUCCUACUAAAAAUGAGGCCACCAAUUCUAGGAGGGAUCUGACCACUGUGGAAUUGAGUUUCUUCCAAGGUGCUUCGAGUCAGUGGUCCAACAAAACUGAAAUUGGAAACAAUCAUAAUCCAAAUUUUGCUCAGAAUAUUGCAGUGGCUUCAUCUGCCUGUGAUGUUGAGGCCCAGAGGAUUGAGAUGGGUGACUGCCCGAACAGUAGAAAAAUUCUUGGUGUGCCCAUUUUUGAAAAGCCUUAUAUUUCUAAGAAUGAGUCAUCUGCUGUUAAGUCUCCAUCUGCAUCCAUUUUGCACAACCAAGAAGGCGGAGAUAUUGAAAAUAAUAGGGGAAAUGGAGUGCUUGAUAUUAACUUGGCAUGUGAUCCUAUGUUUCCUGACUCAAGUAGACAAGUAGCUGCAGAUAUUUUGGUUUUAGAAAAGGAAACAAAUUCAAAAGUUUCUGGCUUCAGAAAUCACAUUGAUUUAAAUUUGUGUAUAAGUGAGGACGAAGCUUCAUUAACAGUCUCUGUUCCUGUAUGCAGUGUGAAGAGUGCAACAGGGAUAGAUUUGGAAGCUCCCAUAGUUCCUGAGAUUGAUGAGGAUAUUCUUCCUGCAGAAGAAUCUUCAGGGAAGCAACAAGAGAUUCCUGUACAAUCACCAGAACAAAAAGUUGGAGAUCCACUGGAUGAACUUGUGACAAUAGCAGCAGAGGCAAUAGUUGCAAUUUCAUCAUCAGGUCAAAACAACCAAGUUGAAGACAUGGGUUGCAAUGCACAUGAAGCUUCAUUGCCGAACCCUCUUUACUGGUUUGUGGAGGUCGUUUUCUCACCUAGGAGUGAUCUUGAGAGCAAAUUCAGCACAGUUUUGAGGGGCAAAGAUGGGGAAAAUGAAGAAUUUUCCACUGAUGGAAUGGAUUACUUCGAGUCCAUGACACUGAAACUGACAGAGACCAAUGUAGAAGAGUACCUGUCUAAACCUCAGAUUGCAGAUAGCCUGAAAGCGGAAGAAACAGGAACCACUUUAUUAUCAAAUCGUACUCGAAAGGGUCAGGCAAGGAGAGGGAGGCAGCGUAGGGACUUUCAACGGGACAUCCUCCCAGGGCUUGCUUCUCUAUCGAGGCAUGAGGUAACAGAAGAUCUUCAGACGCUUGGAGGGCUGAUGAGAGCUACAGGCCAUUCUUGGCAGUCAGGACCGACAAGAAGGAAUGCUACUAGAAAUGGUUGUGGGAGGGGGAGGCGGCGAGCAGCGGUUAGUCCAACUCCCACUGUAGCAGUGAGUACGGUCUGCACUCCACUGCCACUGGUGCAGCAACUUACCAACAUUGAAGUGGGGCUGGAGGAUAGAAGCCUAACUGGGUGGGGAAAGACAACCAGAAGGCCCCGCAGACAAAGAUGCCCUCCAGGUAAUCCUCCAUCCCUUCCUUUAACCUAAUUAAGCGUUGAGGCCUUGUUAUAUAAUUGAGAAUUAUAUGUAGGAGAGGGAAGUAAGGAGGAGUUUCUAUUGGGUUUGCAGAGGGGGAGUGAAGUUAUUUUGGGGCCAUGGGUAUUGCAUUUGUACAUGUUUCUUUAGCCCACAAAUUUGGGUUCCCAUUGUGUCUUUGGCUUACCAACUUUGUAAUUUUCAUAAAUAAUGCUGCAUGUUUUCUUUUGGGAUGCAUACAGCCUUCCUUCUAUAGUGUAAGCAAUUGAGCAUCUUUGUUUUUCUACCA